AUGUCUGUUGCAACAACAAUAGCCUCAACCUCCGCUUCCAUGGCGCUGGCGAAUAUACCCAGCAAUAUGUUGCCGUCCGCCGGCAGUGUUGACGGCUUUGACAACAACAGCACAAACAAUAACUGGUCAGUCGAUGGCGUUAGUUGGCCGACGUUGAAUCUAUCAGCGACUGACAAAGUCGAUUUAAUUGAAAUGGAUUUGGCAAAUGAAACGCUGAGCUCUGCUUAUCCUGCGCUAAGACGUUACCAUGGCGACUAUGAUGUUUCAUACAUAGAGAGAAUAAAUCCAUUUUGGUUGCAAUUCGAACCGCCAAGCACCCGCACCUACUAUAUUAUGGCCAUAAUUUAUAUCAUCAUAUCAAGCAUCGGUUGUCUUGGCAAUUCACUGGUCAUAUUUAUGUUCGUACGAUGCAAAUCCUUACGCACACCGGCCAACACAUUGGUCAUCAAUUUGGCUGUGAGUGAUCUUCUCAUGUUAAUGAAAUGUCCCAUUGCGAUCUUUAAUAAUUUCAAGCAGGGUCCUGCGCUUGGUGAUAUUGGUUGUCGCAUUUACGGCUUUGUUGGCGGUCUCAGUGGCACCGCAUCAAUAGGGACUCUAACUGCUAUAGCACUCGAUCGGUACAAUGUAGUCGUACAUCCGCUCGACCCGCUGCGCAAGACAGCCAAAGUGCGUUCCGCGUAUAUAAUCACACUAAUUUGGAUUUACAGUUUCGCCUUCUCCAUUGUGCCAGCGCUAGAUAUUGGCUUAUCUGUGUAUGUGCCGGAAGGUUUCCUCACCACUUGCAGUUUCGAUUAUCUAGACAAAGGUGUGGGACCGCGUAUAUUUAUGUUCUCAUUCUUUGUGGCCGCUUGGUGCGUGCCCUUCGGCAUCAUUUGUUUCUCAUACUUCUACAUACUGAAAGUGGUGUUCGCCGCCAAUCGUAUACAAUCCAGCAAAGACAAAAAUAAGACUGAACAAAAAUUGGCGCUUAUAGUGGUGGGCAUAAUCGGUUUGUGGUUUCUAGCCUGGACACCGUACUCCAUCGUUGCUAUGAUGGGCGUUUUUGGCAAGCAAAAAUAUCUAACCCCACUGGGUUCCAUGAUACCUGCACUCUUCUGCAAGACUGCCGCCUGCAUUGAUCCGUACUUCUAUGCGGCGACACAUCCACGGUUUCGCAUGGAAUUCCGACGUCUGUGGCUGGGACGCGGCCACCUCCGGCGCAGCUCAACGACGCGCUCCUCAUAUCUGACACGUUCGUCGACGCGCCGUUUACGCGUUAUCAGCGAUGUGGACGUGCGAAAUCGCAGCAUUGAAAAUACGAAAAAGCAAAAUAAUUUGCAGGCUCUGCAGGAAGUGACAGAGGAGAACGAUGAGGAUUAUGACUUUUCAAUACCGGGAAAUUUUAGUGACGGCAUGGAGCAAAGCCGUUUUUAA